GAAACCAAUGUUUGGCCAUAUUUAAUCCGCUUGAAGAGCCGUGUAAAUGAAAUUGUCGCUAAUUUGUAUGAAGAAUUGUGUCAAUCAAUAUUCAUAGUCGACGGGGUUCCCCGAAAACGAGGACUCAAAUUGGGGGUAAGUGCCAAGAAAUAAUCGUGGAACUUACGUUUCGUUUUUUUUUUCCUUUGUCAUUAGGUCACUCGAAAGAGUGUGUCUCAGUGACGCGAUGACGUCACGUGAACGCGUCAUACUCGAGUGACGUCGCAGUGGAUAACGAAGCCCAGCAAGAGAAUGUCGUCUUCGCGCUGUCGUCUAACGGAAGCUCACUUUUUGAAUGCCUCCGUAACCGUCGAUGUUUGUUGAUGCAAAGAAACCUAAAAUGCCCCCGAACUCCGUGACCUUUGUGUACUCGCAGGCUGGCAAUAUAUUCAUGAGGUUGUACAAAAGCGGGGCCGCUGUGCAAAUACCUUCGCAAUGGACAAGAAAGACAAGAAAGAAAGAAAGUCCAAGUGCUCAACUCCUUGCAAGGAGACGUUCGAACCACUUCGCGUCGACGUCAAAACGACAGCAACCGCAGUUCUCCUGCUGAGCUCGCCCGAAGAGGACAUCGUCGUCACAGCAUGUGAAGCAAUCUUCGAAUUUGCAGAGGAAGAUGCGAACAAGGUUUAUCUCAUGGAACUGGGAGCAUUGCAGCGCCUCACUCAACUCAUCGCGCACACCAACGAGCUGGUCAGGCGGAACGCAUUUAUGAUUUUGGGCACCGUGGCUUCCCACAGUGCCGUAGGGAAUGCCCUGCAACAAAUGGAUGUCAUUGCACCGAUUAUUGAUAAACUCUCCCUCGACGAUUCGGUUAUUCAAGAGUAUGGAACGCUGUGCCUAUCCUAUCUGUCCCUGGCUCCCAGUUGUAAGGUUCAGAUCUUUGACAACAAAGGCCUGCCGGCAUUAAUCAAGCUACUUUCCAGUUCAGAACCAGAUGUUCAGAAGAACUCUCUGGAGACCAUAUACAACUUGAUUCAAAACAGUCAAUUCUGCCCGUAUUUACUCGAGUUGGGCGGGAUCCCGUUACUUCUGGAGCUGCUUAAUUCCGACUAUGCUGUCAUUCAGCAGUUGGCUUUGAAAACAUUGCAGAAAGUCACGGCUGAUAAAGAGUCACACGGCACGAUAAGGAAAGAGCAGGGACUUGAUAAGCUCAUCAGUAUCAUCCAAAAUGUGGAUUUCUGUGACCUCCAUGUUGAGGCUUUGCAGGUUCUUGUUAAUUGUGCGAGUGAUAGUGACAAUUUCCAUUUGGUACGGAAUGGAGGAGGACUAACUACACUGUUGGAGCUUGUUGUUACCCGUAAAUUGUCUGAAACUGGGUCACCUGUAAAAUGCAAUACUAAUGAAGUCCAGUCCAGGGCUGUUGAAUGCAUCUCCACAGCUGCUCAGAACUCUGACAAUCACAAAGUUCUCCAUGAUUUCAAAGUUGAGGAAAUUCUGGUUGAUCUUCUCUCUGGCAACAGCGAUUGUGUGAAAACGUUUGUUUGCCAAGCUAUGGCCGGGAUGAGCUCCUUCCUAUCCAGCAAAGAACGCUUUAGAGAUUUAGGCGGUUUACCUGCUUUGACGCGUUUGCUGAGCAGUGGGAAUUUGCUGGUGAGAGGGGAAGCAAUCCAGGCCCUCGCCAACCUUACAGCUGGACACAAGCAAAACUCUAUGACAAUAUAUGAAGAAGGAGGACAUAAAAUCCUUGUGCAGCGUCUCCGUGACAGCUGUCCCAGAAUAGCGGCCAAUGCUGCAGCCAUACUUUGCAGGAUAGCGGGUGAGGAAGCCAUUCGAUGUGACGUGUUAUCUCUGGGGGCCAUACCUGCGCUGGUGGAGCCCUUACGAUCAACAGACUCUCAGGUCCUGAUCAAUGCUACGUUGUGCAUCUGUGAACUGGCGUUUGACGCCAGUGCCAGGGCAGAGCUGCAGAGCGCUGGUGGUCUUGAACCAUUGGUCAAUUUGCUGCGUUCCACUCACAUGGAGGUGUUGCGUUCCGCAUGCAUGGCAAUCAGCGUUUGUGCCAAGGAUGAGCCCACCUCUAUGGAGAUGUGCAAAUUUGGUGCCCUGGAAAUGCUUAAUGAAAUCAACCAGGCAGACAAUAGUAAGAGCAGAUUCAGCGAGUUUGCGCUAAACAGUCUAAUGCAAUCCAGCCCGUCUCUCAAAUAUGCCUUGACAGAUCAUUUGGCCUCAACUGAUAUCCUCACUGAUGGCUUCUAUGAUGCUGGGAAGUUAUGUUUUGGUCAGAAAGUUUUGACUUUAGCGGAACUUUCCAUGGAGCCAGUGAACCAACGCCUGCCUAUCGUAGUUGUAAAUGCAGCAAUCGAGGUGUUUCUACAUCAGAAGAGUGUGGAGGAAGGGUACCAAACCGAGAGAUAUUGGAAGGUGAUCAAUGAUGUGGCUCUGAGGUUUUUAGUUAAAGAGGUCAAAGAAUCCAUCGCCCUUUUGAAUGAUGAACAGGAACAAUAUGUCGCCUUGGCCAGGCAAGUAAGCGACGUCAUGGGUGGAGCAAUUGAGAAAGAAGAUUUGCACACGUUUGGAUGGCUCCUUCACAUCUGCCUGCUCAAAUGUAAAGUGCAGUGUAACGUGGUCCCUAUUGGCAUGAUCAGCAAGGGAUUCUACUGCCACAGGGCACUUCUUUUCAAGUACUUGGCUGAUUGCAUUGGCCUGAGCUGUACACUGGUGAGAGGUGACUACAAUCGAGCUUGGAACGAAGUACUCCUGCGCAAUGAACACUCUUCGCAGCCACGCCGCUACAUUGUGGACCUCAUGCACCAGCCCGGAAGCUUCCUGAGAACCCCUCGGGGAGGACCAGUGCCAAGACUCCGCAGUGCCUGUGCACUCAUGAAGAUCGCAGACAGCAAGCGUGUCACGUCUCGUCACUUGUCAUUGUGACCACGGGGCAUCUCGGCCUUCUUCCGUCCAGUUGACACGAGACCGGUGUGACGCCCGCAUGUAUUUGAGGAUGGGCCAGAUCCGAUUGGUCAGCGGUUGUGCGUUAACAGCGCGCGGCCCUCAACUUCAAAACCUACGGACGACGACAAACCUGACAACAUUGGGGAUGUUUGACAUUUUUUUUUUUUUUUUGUGUACUUUGAAUGAAAAAAAUACUUUUGGAUGUGCUGGUUAAUAUUCGGAUUGCAACAUGAAUUGUUUUGUUAACUCUGUGUUUUUUACCCUGCAGUUGUACAAAGUUUGCCAAUUCAUUUGAUUAAUAAAUGCACAUGUCGCGCUCUGUGA